UGUGCAAUACACCCUUAUAAAAAGGUAACAGAGGACUGCAAAAGUUAGACUUGGGGACCCUCGUCCAGACGAACAGCAGCAGUUUCGAGUUUCAGAGUCGGACCACCUGAAAGAUGCUUCUGUUCCUAGCAUUCUGUGCUCUCGUUCUUGGAACAUCUCUGGCCGUUCCGCAGCAGCAGCAGAAAGAAGAAUGUUGCCAUGCAGAGCUGCAGAGCUUGAUCGAACGGCAAGAUUAUUUGACUAAACAGAUGAAAAGCCUCGAAACUGCCUUUUAUACCGUCCACCACGCCCGCUCUUUUGGAAGUGGCAGUGAAAGUUUAUUUGUGACCAACGGACACGAAGGCAACUUUGAUACCGCAAACAGCACCUGCGCCCAAGCAAAAGGCUUUAUACCUUCUCCUGCAAAUGAGGCCGAGAAUAAUGCCCUGAUGAAAACGCUGCAGAGGCACAACAAAGAGGCUUACCUGAGCCACGUUUCUGCCGGGUACUCAAACUGGGCACCCGGGGAGCCGAGCAGUGCUAAAGGCGCUGAGUCCUGUGUGAAAAUUGAUGAUGAUGAUGGCAAGUGGAGGACCACAUCUUGUGAGGAGCAGCUCUUGAUUACCUGUGAAUUUUCUUUUGUUUAACUCAUCUGUGUUGAGUGUCACAGUAGCGGGGUGUAGUGAGAGGGUUUUUCUUGGCACCAAGAAGGCCUAGUUUUAAUCUCCACUCUGUAACAAGGCUCACUGGAUGAUUCUCAGCCUCACCAAUCCAACAGGGUUGAUGUGAGGAUAAAGGGGCCUUCGUGUAUGCUGAUACUGGCUUCUUGGAAGGGAAGGUUGGAUAAAUAUGUGAUCAAUAAAUGCAUCAUUUGAAUUUC